UGGAGACAAAGAAGCUUCCUAACCUAAUCUUGCGGAGUCAGCGGCAGUUCAGGGAUUUGUUAGCUCGACUCCAGAAAUGUGAGGGUUUAAAAUAUGUAAAUCCAUAACCUAGCACUUGGUAAAUCACCCUAUACACAAUUGAUCUAUCUGAAGAACUUGGUAUGAGCAUGGGAUACACCGAGUAUAUGGAUCCAAAAAGAGGAAAUGCACCACCAUAGGAAACCGGAGGUGGAGGAGGUGUACCUGCUGCAACCAAUCCGAGCAUACAAACUAUUAUUUCAAACGGACCAAUAACCUCACAGUUCCAAAUCACUGAAUACCAUCAUUCACUUAAUUGAGGCUCCUCCACCCUCUUACCCUAAACUAGCUAGAUCUUAUUUAUUUUAUAAAAAUCACCUUGUCCGAGAGAGAUUUACAUGGUUAUGAAGGCGUCACGCCAGGGGGGUUUCUAAAAUCCUGUAUGGGAAAAUUUUCAACAAUUUUCCCUGUUUGACCGCUAGGUUUUAUGGGUAUUAUCACACCUCCACUGUGGGGCUCUAUAGCAGGUGCAGUGAAAAUCAUUAAUUUAAACAUUUUAAUUGAACCUUUAUUUACCUAGGCAAGUGAGUUAAGAACAAGUUCUUAUUUACAAUGAAGGCCUACCAAAAGGCCUCCUGCGGGGACGGGGGGUGGGAUUAAAAAAUAUAAGACAAAAUACAGAUCAUGACAAGAGACACCACAACACUACUAAAAGAGAGACCUAAGACGACAACACAGCAUGGUAACAACACCACAUGACAACAACAGGGUAGAUACACAACAUGGCAGAAGGACAAAACAUGGUAGAAACAUUGGGCACAGACAACAGCACAAAGGGCAAGAAGGUAGAGACAACAAUACAUCACACGAAGCAGCCACAACUGUCAGUAAGAGUGUCCAUGAUUGAGUCUUUGAAUGAAGAGAUGGAGAUAAAACUGUCCAGUUUGAGUGUUUUUUGCAGCUGCAGCAAACUGAAAAGAGGAGCGACCCAGGGAUGUGUGCACUUUGGGGACCUUUAACAGAAUGGCAGACAGAACGGGUGUUGUAUGUAGAGGAUGAGGGCUGCAGUAGGUAUCUCAGAUAGGGGGGAGUGAGGCCUAUGAGGGUUUUAUCAACCAGUGGGUCUUGCGAUGUGUAUACAGAGAUUACCAGGUUACAGAGGAUUAUACAGUGCGGUGAUGUGUCCUAUAAGGAGCAUUGGUGGCAAAUCUGAUGGCCGAAUGGUAAAGAACAUCUAGCCGCUUGAGAGCACCCUUACCUGCUGAUCUUUAAAUUACAUCUCCCUAAUCUAGCAUGGGUAGGAUGGUCAACUGAAUCAGGGUUAGUUUGGCAGCUGGGGUGAAAGAAGAGCGAUUACGAUAGAGGAAACCAAGUCUAGAUUUAGCCUAAGACUGCAGCUUUGAUAUGUGCUGAGAGAAGGACAGUGUACCGUCUAGCCAUACUCCCAAAUACUUGUAUGAGGUGACUACCUCAACCUCUAAACCCUCAGAGGUAGUAAUCACACCGGUGGGGAGAGGGGCAUUCUUCUUACCAUACCACAUGACCUUUGUUUCAAAGGUGUUCAGAACAAGGUUACGGGUAGAGAAAGCUUGUUGGACACUAAGAAAGCUUUGUCGUAGAGCGUUUAACACAAAACCCGUGGAGGGGCCUGCUGAGUAGAAGACUAUCAUCUACAUAUACAUGGAUGAGAGAGCUUCCUACUGCCUGAUAUGCUUACCUUACUAGCUCCUACAGUGCAGUAAAAUGUCUAGCGAAUACACAAAUAAUUAAAGAAAUCAAGAAAUUUCAGAACAAGUCCCAUUAACAACCCAAGUAGAUACAUUCUAAAGAAAGCAGUGUUAGAAUCCAACAACACACACAAAUCCAAAGUAAAGGAAUGGAAUUAAAAAUAUAUACAUAUUUGGAAGAGCAAUGUCGGAGCGGUGUAGACUAGAAUACAGUAAAUACUUAUGAGAUGAGUAAUGCAAAAUAUCUAAACAUUAUUAAAGUGACCAGUGUUCCAUUAUUAAAGUGGCCAGUUAUUUCAAGUCUAUAUAUAUAGGGCAGCAGCCUCUAAGGUGCUACAGCAUUGUCACAUAGGUAUUCCACUUGUCCAGGUGGGAUAGGGAGGUGUGCAGUGCCACAGCAAUUGCGUUGUCUGUGGAUCUGUUGGGGCAGUAUGCAAAUUGUAGUGUGUCUAGGGUUUCGUGUAAGGUGGAGGUGAUAUGGUCCUUGACUAGCCUCUCAAAGGACUUCAUGAUGACAGAUGUGAAUGCUACUGGGCGAUAGUCAUUUAGUUAAUUUACCUUAGCUUGCUUGGUACGGGAACAAUGGUGGACCUCUUGAAGCAGGUGGGGACACCAGACUAGGAUAGGAAGAGGUUGAAUAUUGCAUUACUCCUCUCACUGACUGCUAAGCACUCCUUUAACCAAUGUUAAGGUAACAUUGACUAGCUAACAAACUAAUUCACUUUUAGGUAAUGCAUCGCCUGGCCCAGGCCACAGUCUGACUGGACCGCCCAGAGGACAGAUGAGUUUAAAAAUCAGCCCGUUCUGCCCUCAGUCGUCGAGCAGACUAACUCAGUGCAUUAUUCAAGACCAUAUGGUGUCCCAUUAUAAAAAGGUAUAUUCAGCUAAAGCUGCCAUUGAUUCAUCAGUACCCAAAAGUAUGCUAAGCAGUGUAAAAUACAAUGACCAGUUACGGCGGGAGCAGUUGAGGAAAGAUGCGUCCAGGUCUGAUAGACGGCCUCAGUCAGCUGGUUCACACUCACAGAGGAGCAGCAGAGCCAACACCAAAGCCUCCUGCCCAUCACAAAAUACACAAAGUGGAGCAGGUCAAGAAAGUGCCUAUUUCUACCUGGGAAGCUCAAUGAUUUCUACUCCAAGAAUCAACACCUCCUUUCACGCCAAGCAAAUAGUUUACCCGUCCCAAAUGGUCGGGGGGGCCGGGAGCCCCCCGCACUUCUUCCACUGUGCAUCAGAGUACAGCUAUAGGAGCCCAAACUCCCAGAGGCAGCAGCCAGCCCGCUCCACCACAGGUACCCAGAGUGGCUACAAGGCCUUUCAGGACCCUGUCCAGAAGACCUACAGUGGGGACCUGAUUCAGAAACACGCCCACCGCUUCACCCAGGACAAGCCCUUCACUCCCAGGACUCUGAAGUCAGACAGCAGGUCCUAUCUGUCUCAGUAUCGCUACUACACACCUCCUCGCUGUAAACCAGCCCAGGACCAGGAGAGGACCAUCCCCAGGCUGACACGGCAGGAGACCUAUCAUGGAAGCACAAGAACCAAGGAAUGCUCAUCGGCUGAAUGGGAUGAUCAACCCCUGGGACAUGGUACAGAGCAUGAGUGGUCGGAUGCAGACGAUGAGUCCCAUACACUGAAUCUGUCAGCAUUUGGACAACGAAGCAAAGGAAACAAGAGCGUAAGCAGCGAUCACUUCCAUCCCUCAUUCAGGGUUUCACCAGAAGGAAUGACAUCUCCUAUCAUGAAGAGGGUGUCUGCAGAGGAGGAAGAAUUUAUGUACCUUGAAUUUAUUGCUGAUGUAACAAAUGAAAUCUUGUCCAGGGGCCUGUACUCUGACAGGGUCUUAGAGCGGGUGUUUGAUCGUCACGUUGACAAGAAUAAACAUCUAUUGGAUGAGGACAAAAUGUGCCACCUUCUGGAGACUCUGCGCAAUGACUUGCAAAGUCCAGCCAACACACCUACCUUUAGUGCAGAGCCUAAGAAUGGUGAGGAGACAGAGCUUGACCUUCUUCAUAGUCAUCUACAGGGUCUGGAGUCUCUGGACAGAGGAGCACUAUCAGAAACCAAAGAGGACAAUGACCUUUUUCCCUAUGCAUUGUUUAACCAGGACAGUGGUGGGCUGGAGAAUGUUGUUCCAUUGUCAGUGUCCACACCGUUAUAUGGUAGCCCUCCUAAGAGGACUGACUCUGACAGUCUGCCUGUUGGUUCACCUGAUGCUGAUGGAGGUGCAGAGGGCCUGGAUGAGCACAAUCAUGACAGGGAAAAUGACUUUCCUCCUUCACUUGGUGAAAAUACCCCUCUGACCCUUGAGGAGGACCACAAUCAAAACCUAGAAGACAAUUAUGGUGGACUAUCCAAAGACCUGGAAGAUCUCGAGAGAAAUCUGUCUGAGUCAUUGCAUGUUUCCAAUGCACCUAAUUCCGCAGGGCCAGUAGUCACUGAGAAUAUAAACACAGUAGCCUCUUUCAGCGAUGAUGAGUUCUGAUUUUAUUAGUAUUUUAGGGAUGAGUUUUGUGAGCUUUGUAGUAAAAGGAGACUAUUUUCGAUAACAACAAUUUGAUAUAGGUUUUUGCAUCUUAAAUGUGUUUUAUAAAUGGGAGCUGAUAGGUAUAUUUCAUACUUUUUGCCUAUUCCUGUUCUGGGCACCAUUGCCAUGUGUAUUUCCAGUACAAAGUAUUGACCAAUAUAUAUUUGGAUUAUUGUUACACAAUGAUGAGAAGGAACUAGACCGUAUAUUCAUAUUUUACAGCAACCUGGCAUGAAGUAAUUAAACUGACAGUUCACAAAUGAGUGCAAUAUGAGCAGAACUAUAGAUUUGCAGUGAUGGUGCUGAAUAAGGUAAAUCAAGCAGGGAGGCAGCUGUCCCAUUUCUGUACUUGGCAUUCCGGCUGUAUGAUGUCAUGGCCUCAAUCUGCCGUGUAUUACGAUAUUGUUGAGGAACUACUCAAACUUCUAUAAGGAAUACAGCCGAUUAAACCAAUGCUAGUGGACCUGAA